GUUUUAUUUACUUGUAACAACUGAAGAUGAAAAUGGGAAUUUUGUGGGGUUAAAAAAGCUUUAAAAUCCAAAUGCAAAUCAAUUUCCAAAAAUCUUUAGUUAUCUGAAAAAAUCCAUCUCUUGAGUGAAUCGGGUGCGUAGAGAGACCCAUUUUCCUGCUAGAAAUUGAACUUUGCAACAAUAGCAUUUUCUGAUCAUCAUAACCAAAAUCAGAACCUCAGAUUACCCCACCAUACCGAGUCUCAUUCGUCAGUAUGAACGGGAGACGAAUAUGAUAAUUUUGAGUGGAGAUGCUUUAAAGUUAAAAUCCGUUUCUAGGGUAACUCAGUUGAUUAUUUCACGCAUCUGUUUGAUACCCGAUUCAAUUUUGUCUGAUAUGAUGGAUCUACAAUUAUGGAACCUGUUAUCGUUCCUUAUAACCCGGAUAGGUCAUUGGAGUUCGGCUUAAGCUAAAGCAAGAUGGAAUAUAAGCAGGUAGAUAUUUAUUACUCUUGUCCGUGUGUAAUGGCCAGUUUCUUGCUUGAUAGUGAGUAACGUUAAAGUUUGAGUAGACAUACUUGUAAUGUUUGUGAUUAUUUCGUGCUGGAUGGCUUUGACCACUGAAAAUCACUGUUCUCUGCUGUGUUUUAUUGAGACAUUUUUGGGAUCUAACGCAUCAGUAAUUUUUAUGAAAUUCUCAAAAUGCUCAGGUAGUGGGUUUAGUCCAAUACAAUGCAAACAAUGUGGAAAAAAGUACAAAAACAGACAUACCCUCAGCUCGCAUUUGAGUCAAGACUGUGCUCCUAUACAGACAUAUCAGUGCGAAAAGUGCAACAAAAAGUACAAAUAUUCCACUUCUUUGUACAACCACCAAAAGUUCGAGUGUGGAAAGACGAAAUCGUUCGUAUGUGUCUUCUGUCAGAAGAGAUUUUGGCACAAACAGGCCCUGAAGAACCACGUCAAUUUCAAGAGGUGCAAAAUACAGAGUGUACCAAACAUAUUUGGGUUACUAGAGAGGGACAAUGUCACUACUGUUAUGACUGUACCUACAAAUAUUCCCGAAGCAACAACAUUCAAAAAUGAGUUUCUCUGAGAAACUACGAUGUAAAUUUUGAAAGACGCACUGCGUCAGGUUAACUUGAGUAGUUUAUACCGAUAUUUUCAAUUAUUAUUUGUUAUACUAUUUACACCUAUUUGUAUAGUGGUUGGUAAUAUGUAAAGAUGAAGAGACUCUUACUGUUUUUGUAUCACUAUUUUACUAUUGAAACCGUUCACUGCAUGGGUAUCUUUUUGAUUUCCGCAUUCCCAAGAAAUAUCAUUAAGAUGAGUUCUUGAAAAUAUUCGAAUGUCUUUAUACUUCCAUUUAGGGCCUAAUCGUCAGUCGUUCCUACAAUUGUAGGACGUCUUUAUGUCCUCCUUGAUUUUCAUAGUUUUGCUCUCCUUCAGAAACGUUGGGGUAUUUCUAGAUUUCCCCUGUUCCAUGUCAGUGUCAGCGCUCUCCUAUUACGAGGCUAUGUUUUCCUUUUGAAUUGUAGGAAAUUUCAGCCUGAUAUAACAGAUGAUAUAAAUCAAAAGCAUGAACAAUUUGAUGCAAGUAGAUAUUUGUAACAUAAAAUAGAGCGGUGACACGGAACAGUAGAAAACAAUAAAAAUCAAGGAGGCCAUAAAGGCGUCCUACAAUUGCUGGAACGACUCACGAUACGAACCUUACUAUCACACUAUAUUGACCCGUUGUUACUUGAAUUCGAUGGUUUUAUCUAGUGUUUUGGUAGCUUUUUUUUGUUAAGUAUAUCACUCCUACCAGAGGUAUAGUUAGAUUAAUUUAUUGUAAAAAAUUUUAUUGCGAUCAUUCCAGCUUAGCAUUUCAAAGACGAUGAACAUUUAAUAAUUUCAUUAUUUCUCUCAUCGACAAAGCUCAACACUACCAAGAAAUAAGAUAUUUAUUGUAUAGGUUUAUUGUAUCACGUUGUUAAUAAUCUACUGAAUAAAUCAUGUUCAACAUCAAUCUGGUCUUAUUUGCAUGUAGUUCAAACUAAAUUUUCAGACUCUAGGUGGCGGGAAACUUUGGCUUGGAUAAAAUAGAGGCUUAGAAAAAGGUAAUAGAGAGAUCUGGG